AUCACAUUCGUCUCUCGGCAAAGUCAAAGCGUCCCAAAAUGCCCGACAACUUGCAGAUUGUGGACGGUAGACAAGUCACUGUCACUGAUGUCAACCCCCCAAAAGGAUGGACGAAUGAUUACAUCGAGAUGGGCGGAGAGAUUCAAUGGGGUCUAUCCGGCGACGCAACCUCGAGAGCCCUAGCUUACGGGAUUGAAGGAAACGUCAAGCCUCUUUUCGCCACGCAGUCCUGGACAGGACAGACUAUAGUUCUCUUCGAGGCCGUCUUCGAGGCCGGAAGUAGCCUGUUCUUCCUCUACAACGCCAUUGAGACCACCCUGUUCCAAAUCAUGCAGCCUACUGAUCUUCAGUCGAUUGUCUCAACUAUCGGUGACGAGGAUAAGGGUGGUCUAGCUGGGCUGGAGCUUGAGGAACGCUAG